CAGAUCGGCCGGGUGCGUCGCGCUGCAUUGUGGGCUGACAUCACCCGGUUCGGGGAGAGCGGCGCGAGCUGUGAGGCUGAGGGAGCGACCGCCGCCGCCACUGUUACCGGACACCGCGGGGCGGACAGCGGCCUUCGCGAGGAAAGGAGGGAGGGAGGGAGGGAGAGAGGAGAGGGCAGGGAACAGUUGUGCGACAAUGGCAGACAAGAGUGAACUGAAAGCUGAGCUUGAGCGCAAAAAGCAACGGUUGGCACAGAUCAGAGAAGAAAAGAAGAGAAAACAAGAGGAGAACAAAAGAAAGGAAAGUGAUUUCAAGAAAGAGACGCCUUCUGCCUCCCAGGAUGAGCUUGAUCUGGAGAGGAAGCGUAAAGAGACUGAGGCACUACUUCAGAGUAUUGGAAUAACGACAGAGCCCUCAAUGGUACAGCCACUGCGGGCAGUAACUGGAGACACCUGUUUGUUCCAUUAUUUAGUCCAUUCUCCUAUUUCUCCAUCGAAAUCCCUGGGAACGCCAAGCGAGUCGGAGAGCCAGGAGUCGGUGGAGGGCACAGCCGGAGCCAGGACGCUGCAGUGGGAUUCUGAUCUUUCUGUCUUACAACUUCAGACCGAUUCUGAAAUGCGACACCACCUGACUAAACUGGGAAUCGCCAGGAUCACCCACGUAGAUAUCCCCCCCUGUGACCGUCUGGCCUACUCCAAAGAGACCCAGACGCCGGUGGAAGACAGACCAGAGGAAGGUAAAGAGAAAGAAGUCAUUCCAGUGCAAACAGCAUCAGAACCCGAGACAGAAGCCCCCGAAGAAUCCCAGGAGGAGGUGGACGAAAAUAAAGCAUUCCAACAAGAGCUGACAGAGGAGGAGAAAGAAAAGAUCCUGCACUCCGAGGGCUUUCUCAACUUCUUCGAUCACAGCUCCCGAGUGAUUGAGCGAGCGCUCACCGAGCAGAUUGAUAUUUUCUUCGACUACAGCGGCCGCAACUUAGAUGACAAAGAAGGGGAAAUCCAAGCUGGGGCCAAACUGUCACUGAACAGGCAGUUUUAUGAUGAAAAUUGGUCCAAAGAUCGUGUAGUGACUUGUCUGGACUGGUCCCCACAGUACCCUGAGCUGAUGGUGGCAUCCUACACUAAUAAUGAAGAUGCUCUUAAUGAGCCGGACGGCGUGGCUCUGGUGUGGAAUAUGAAGUACAAGAAGACCACUCCCGAGUAUAUCUUUCACUGCCAGUCCAAAGUCAUGUCUGCGUGCUUCGCGCAGUUUCACCCUAAUCUGAUAGUGGGUGGUACCUACUCCGGUCAGAUUGUCCUGUGGGAUAAUCGCAACAACAAGAAGACCCCAGUCCAGAGGACUCCCCUCUCGGCCUCUGCACACACGCAUCCUGUGUACUGUGUCAACGUGGUCGGCACUCAGAACGCUCACAAUCUGGUCAGCGUUUCUACUGAUGGAAAACUGUGCACCUGGAGCUUGGACAUGCUCUCUCAGCCACAGGACAGUAUUGAGCUGGUCCAUAAGCAAUCAAAGGCAGUCGCUGUCACCUCUAUGUCCUUCCCAUUAGGAGACAUCAAUAACUUUGUUGUGGGCAGUGAAGAAGGUUCUGUAUACACUGCAUGUCGCCUGGGCAGCAAGGCUGGCAUCCUGGAGUUGUUUGAGGGACACCAGGGCCCAGUGACCGGUGUCCACUGUCACACGGCAGCAGGGCCAGUGGAUUUCUCCCCCCUCUUCAUCACCUCAUCUUUCGACUGGACAGUGAAGCUGUGGUCAUCGAAGAGUAACAAGCCGUUGUAUUCCUUCGAGGACAGUUCUGAUUAUGUGUUUGAUGUCAUGUGGUCGCCCAUCCAUCCCGCACUCUUCGCCUGUGUUGAUGGGAUGGGUCGUCUGGAUCUGUGGAAUUUGAAUGAAGAUUCUGAAGUGCCCAAUGCCAGCAUCACCAUGGAGGGCAAUCCUGCCGUGCACCGUGUGCGCUGGGCACCCUCCGGGCGUGAGGUGGCUGUGGGCGAUUCCGAAGGGCAAGUGUCGGUGUACGAUGUGGGAGAGCAAAUCGCGGUUCCCCGGAGCGAUGAGUGGACUCGUUUUGCACAAACGCUUUCAGACCUUAAAGCAAACGGGAACGACGCAGAUGAUGAAGCGACAGCGGGGCUGCUGGGUUAGAAGCCGCUUCCCCCCGCCACCGCCAUCCCAGCUCUACUCACAGUAAACCAACAAGGUGCCUGUAGUAGCCAUAGCCAUUCUUCUUAACUUCAAUAGGCUGUCUUUCCCUCUCGUAGAAACAUAGACAUCUACAGCGCACAAGGAGGCCAUUCGGUCCAUUGAGCCCGCACCGACUCAAUCCAGAUCAAAGAUAUGGCUUCAACCCACCGGCCUGCCUCAUCCCUCUUCAAGCCCUCGCUUCCCCCUUGCCCUAGUGAUGUAAGCUUCAACCGGACUCACAACCGGCUCUUCUGCUGAUGUGCUUAAGGCACACAGUGAGGUGGCUCCUGUCAUUUACUGUAUGUGGCCUAGAGCUCUGGUUCCCCCCUCCCCCUCCCCACUCACACUCACUCACGCACGCACGCACACUCAACCCAUAAUAUACUCUUUGUGUGGUUGUCGAGCCACCACCAAUCUCAGUUUAACACUACAAUCCAAAUUGUAAGGAUAUCAUAGCAAUCACCUUCUACCCUUCCAGGCUUUCUGCUACUAUGAACCCUCCAUCUAAUCUAAAGAACCUUAAGAAGAUUAGAAUUCUAUUUCAAUAUUUUCAGAUGUUUGCCUGAACGAGUUAACAAAAUGGCUAUGGCGUCUUAACGGGGAAUGGAAAGCAAAGGGGAUGAUGAUAAGUUUUGUUCCAGAAAAAAAUAUAAAGCUGUUUACGUAUUACAUUGCCAAUAUAGGAAUAUCGGACUAAGCAACCUAUGUACUGUAUCAGAGAUAUAUAACUAAUAUUUAAAAAAAACAGGUUUAUUGAGGUUUAAGUAAGUUUAUGAAAACUGACUUGGCCACUUGGCGACUGAAAUCAAGGCUUAAUAUGGCUCUUUGAAGACUGCACUAACAUUGCGCUAAACAGAGAUAGAGAGUUACAGAGCUCAGAAUGAUGAAGUGUUGGAUUUGUAGCUCACACACACACACACUUCUCUUGUAGCAGCUUCUACAGCAGGGGGUUCAGGGAUGUGAGUGGGCACCUGGCACAAUUACGUGUCAGGUUGUGGAGAAUAUUAAUGGUUACAGCAUGGGAUCAGUUGCCCAUAUGUCCAACACGCAUUUCAUCUAAUAGCAAUUUACUGUAGGACCUUGCGUUUGCCAGUCAGCCUGGAGCAGAGAGAGAGAGAGAGAGAGAGAGUGUGUGUGCAGGUCUGGCUGUCAGGACAUUUGGCACCAAGACUUGUAUCUGUCAGUAGGGUUCACUGGCCUCUAUAUGCUGUAGGAGUCCUGCAAAAUCUGCAGUGAGGUGUGGUACAAGGCUGCUUUACAUUUGCAUGUUGCACUUACAAUUAUGAUAGCGUAAAUCAGACAAUUAUAAGCAGAGCCAUGGCCAGUGUAUAGGAAGAGCAGUGGGCCAUUCAGCCCUACUCUUGUCAUUUUAUUAGUCAUGCCGGCUCUUUAUCUUGUUAAUCUCAUUUCCCUUCCUUUUCUACAUGCCCUUUAAUGACCUUACAUCCCAGAUACCCGUCCGUCUCCUGUUUGAACACCUCAAUCGAUUCAGUAUCUUCGGCCUCCUCGGUCAGUGCAAUCCACAUUCUCACAGCCCUUUGUGUGAAGCAAUGUUUUCUGGAUUCAUUCACCUUUCACUGGUUUAACUCUAAAUGUAGGAUGUUCUGAAUUCCUUUACUAGAGACAAGAGGUCUCAAUCUACAUUGUCGAUUCUCUUGUAUUACUUUAUAAAUAUCAGCUUCAGAGAGUACAUAACUCACAUUUACCCAAUGUCUCAGAGCAAAGCCUCUUCAAACCAGGCCUUUGCUCUGGUGAAUCAUUGCUGAACUUUCUCAUAUCUCUGACAAUAACAACAACUUGCAUUUAUAUAGCGCCCUUCAUGUGAGGUAGUGUCUCGGAGAGCUGAAUAUCCUUUGUAAGGUGGAGUGGCCAGAACAGUAAAUGAGCAGUUCUCUGUACAGCUCAACCAACAUUUGUUCUGAUAUUCUAUACUUGUCACGGAAUGGGUGAAGACUCGUGUAGAGUAUAAACACCGACACGGACUGGGCGGGUCGAGUGGCCUGUUUCAGUGCUGUGCGGUCUCUGUAAAAUCCUUGUCUAGCUCUAUUUAUUUCCCUGUGGCAAAUUUACAGGUUUGCACGUUUUGUUACCCAGAGAUCCUCCACCGUAGCUAUUUUGCACAUUCAUUGUCACGUUAUCUAAUAAUGAACAUGAAUAAUAAUAAAUUGGUCACUUCAGUCCACAGCU